AUGCCUUGGAUCACAGUGGUAGCAUCGUUGUUGAUCCCAGCGCUGUGGAUCUGGAGGUAUUUCUCACGGGAACGCUAUGAUCCACCGCUGCCUCCCGGAAGCAUGGGACUCCCACUCGUGGGCGAGACGCUCCACAUCCUGUACGCCAUGAAAACGAGCACGCUGUGGGAGUUUUACGGAGCUCGGGAGAAGAAAUAUGGCCCGAUUUACAAGACACACAUCUUUGGCCACGAUCGUCGUGAACCCUCCUCUGGGAUUCAAGCUUUUAAAGCCAAGAGCUUUCGCCACAUUCUCCUGGCGUUCCUCGGCCCGGAUGCCAUACGGCGGUAUGCGGAGAGGGCGAGCAUGAUCAUCCAAGAACACAUUGACAAGUUUUGGAUGGCUGGAUCGGAGGUGAAGGCUUACCCCCUCGUGAAGAAGGCCUUGUUCUCGCUCGUCUUUAGCUUGUUCUUGAGCAUCUCGGACGAGGAGGAGGAGAGGGAGCUCCUGGCUCCUUUCCAGGAUUUCCUGCAAGGAUUGCUUGAGCUGCCGAUCGACUUGCCAGGGACGAUGUUUCGUCGCGCAAAGGUUGGACGAGCAAAGAUCUUCAAGAAGCUGGACGAGUACAUAGCCAAGAGAAAGGUCGAGCUAGAAACAGGCCAGGCAUGGCCUCAACAGGAUUUUCUCAGUGUUCUCUUGACAACCAAAGGAGAGGAUGGAGAGCCCAUGACCGAGGAAGAGAUCAAACAAAACAUUCUCAUGUUGGUCAUGUCAGCCCAUGACACUACCGUCAGCUCCUUGAUGAGUUCCAUGAAAUACAUAGGGGAAAAUCCAUGGUGCUACUAUCGACUCAGGACAGAACACAUCUCUAUUUUGCUUGCGAGAUCUCCAAACGAGCCACUCACUCACAGCGAUUUGCAAAAGAUGGACUACACGUGGAAGAUCGUACAGGAAGCCAUGCGCUUGGCUCCUCCUGCCGCUGGAAACCUCCGAAGGGUUAUCACUGAGUUUACCAUGGAUGGAUUCACAGUUCCAAAGGACUGCCACAAGAAAGAAAAAUUCUUUGAGGAGCCGGAAAGGUUUAAGCCAGAUCGUUUCGAUCGCCCAUUGCUUCCAAACACUUAUGUCCCAUUUGGUGGAGGCCCUCGCAUUUGUCCCGGAUACGAGCUUGCCAAGAUGCAAGACCGCAUUUUUCUACAUCACCUUGUCACAAGGUUUAAGUGGAUCUCUUACACCUUUCUCUCAGUGCAACCAAGUGUUGUCUCUGCCUAUGCCUUAUAA